GGCGACCGGCGGAUCGCCGGCGAUUGUGCAGAGCGAAUCCGCGAGAAGGGCGGCGAGCAUGUCCGACGUCGCCCUCCACCCGGGCGACCGCUGCCGACUGCAGGACCUGACGCUGCCGUCGUGCUCUCGCCUCAACGGUGCUUCUGUGAUGGUGCUGGGUCACGUGGACUGCGCGAGCGAGGGAGGCGCCGGCGCGCUCUGGGUGGUUCGCUGGGAGGGGUCCGAGGAGCUCUUCCGCGUCGCUCGCCGGCACCUCUGCCGGCUGCACCACGACACCUCGAUCGCACCGCGAGCCGUGCCGGAGUGGCGCCAGAUGCCGCCGCCGCCCGAGGAGCGCGCCUUCACCUGGGGCGCGCCGCCGGGCAAGCUCGAGGGCGUGCCUGCGAGCCAGGUGCUGUUUGGGCAGUACGCAAACGAGCUGCAGCGCUCCAACCCGAUCUGGUGAGGCGGACCGCCGCGGCGCGCCCGCGUGGGGUGGGCGCGUCCUCCCGGUCUGCGCGCGCGCACAUGCGGCCAGCACACGCGCGGGUAAUCCGGCCAUUGCAAGGAUUGGGAUAUGUCAUAUGACACUUAGUAUUACCGAAGAGAAGAGAGAAGAGACCGAGCC